UGUUGCUCCGCUGUAAGAGCAAGACCACAGGUUGUGAUGCGGGUCCACAAGGCUGGCCUCCCCUAGAUGGUGGACCGAGGGUUUCCGCACAAACUGCCUUUGGACAUCAAUCAAAUGGCGCCUGGAAACACGCCUCACCACAGAUGUGAUUCGAUACGGACAGGUCUGAUGGGAAAAUACUUCCUUGCGAAGAGUUGAGUAUUUUGCUGCUCGGAUAGCAGUACCUCUCCGUAUGGAAUUUCACUGCGGAGCACAGACACGACUUCUCACGUACUGCGUCUUAAUUCCCGGACUCCAUGCCCUGACGAUUGAUGCUGGGGCGGUCGAGUCGUACAUUCCUACAGUCGAUAAAGCAUUACCACAGGUGCCUGUCUAUGUACCUGUAUGCAAGGAUGUGAUUUCCACUGUCGCAUGUCAAAUGUCCGGAUCUCUCGCCCCGUACUGGCCCGCACCUGAUAUGACAUGUUUGACAGGUCAAUCUUGUAAGCAUCGACCUUGCCAUGUUUAUGCGUUGUUGCGCAACGGCAACCACAUCCUUGCUAUCACAUGCGCAUCAGUAUGCGCAUAUCUGGAAGCUUUACGCUCGUGGACUGCAAUCUGCAUCCUGUGUUUUGCUGGGGAUUGUGCUCAAGCAACAUGCAGCACGAGCGUCUUUCCGGGGAAGCUUGAAAUCAAGGGUUCACGGCGCAGCUCUGUGAUAUCAGCUUCCUACAUAUCGCCUUUGUCCUGCUCUUCCUCCUUCUCCUACCUGUUCUGCCGCUGCAUACCUCAAGCAUGUAGAAAUGCAUCUGCUUCUCAGGGUCCUUUUGUGCUUCUGCACCGUCGUGCUAGGUCAUCAUGCCCCCAAAGGCAGCUACGAGCAUGGGGACUCAGCUGGCAUGACAAUGCUCCCCACUCCAGAUAGCCGCAUAUCUGAGCAUAUGAGUUAUGCUCCUCCGUACGAUGCCCGGACACCAGGGUAUCUGUCAAAGUAUCCGAACGACA